AUGUCUGAGGUCGAAGCUGCACCAAGCUACCCCAGCUCUCAAUUCAAAACUCCAAAGCUAGGAAACAUCACCAAUAGCAACGCAUAUCCACCAUGGAAGCCCGUGGAUACUCGUAAGGAAACUUUACAAGUAUUUCGCUUCUCGUUCUACACCACUGUUGGAGCGUAUGCUUGGUUAUAUUUCUGGAAAAGAACCACUUUCAAGUUGGGUUUGCCAUUGACGGUGGUUGGGUUUGCCACCGUGGCCACGGGAACGAAAGGAAUCAUCACCAACUUGCGGGAAAAGAACGAUGCGUGGAACACAUUCUGGGCCGUUGGUGCUGGAAAUUUGGUAUGUUUAUCUGCUGGAUUCAAGUCCAUGCCUGCUAAACAUAAGGUGAUGACGGGACUUGGCGGUGCUGCGCUCACGGCGUUUUUGGACCAUGCUUUCUGGGCUCAAUCGCCAUCUUUUGCUGGAAGAGAUGCGAAGUAUUUGAAGGCUAACAGCGACGAAGACGUGCCCAAACAGCAGUUCUGGGAUAUCUGGAAGAGAAGACCAUUGUCGCAGACCGUAGAGGAGUUGGGAGCGGGACGUGGAAUCUUUAAGCCAUAG